AAGCUAAAUCAUUCGCAUGCACAACUUGGAUGCCAAAUGAAAUCAUUGAUAGAUUUGUUCGUAGAGAGAAGCAACCAACAGUUGAUGUUGUGAGAAGAGAGGAAGCUCAACAGGAGGGGCUUCAGAGUUGACAGCGUGAACAUAAAUGUAGCUAGAUGUCACUCAACAAAAUCACACCUUUGGAGCUAUCUGUUGUCUGCAGGUGGUUUGAAUUUUGAUUUCUGUAGUUCUGCUUUUCUUUUUUUGAAGUGGCCAGCCAGAAAGUGCAAAUGCAUGUUAUGUGUCAUUUUUAGAUGAACACUUGGUGCCUGGAAACGUGUUAGAGGUGGAAAAGCUAUGCUGAUGUGACAGAUGUCUCAACAUCCGCACAGGAAGCUGGAGAGAGGAAGGGAGAGCGCACAAGUGGGAAAACAGCCAUUUAAUCACCCUUUGAAUAAAAAGAAGAGUGAACAGAGUGCCGUUGCCAGUGACCAGGUGAAACGAAUACUAUAUCAACAUAUUUGCAAGAAGCUGAUCAGGAAAUCUGAAAGCCAGGAUCCACAACAGCUGCGUGCAUCCAACACACCCGACUCUUAUUUUGAGGAGGACAAUCCAUUAAGAAGAACAGUCUCAGAGCCUAUUCUAAAGCUGCGACCAAAAAGAAGUGUAAACUCGAGAAAGAACCCACUGCAGUGUAAAACCAGUGCGCCCCCUGCUGUCAGAUCAUCUGAUUUUUUGGAUAAAAGGAUGAGCCAUCAAGAGCCACAUACCUAUCCUGCAUCAUCAUACAAGGAUGAAUCUCCUCUACACAUUGGCGUUCAGAACCCCAUCCUCUUGUCUCCCGCUCAUUUACAGCCACUGCAUCAACCGGUCUUUAACAUUUAUUCACAUAAUUUGCUUACAGUCCCACUCCCAGAACAUUGUGUAGUGAUGCCUCAUAGGCCUUUGUGCAAAACCCACUCGGAACCUUCUUUUAUUCAGCAUUGUACGCACAUACACACUCAGACUCUUAUGGUUCCACACCCCAUGUACCAUCAGCGGUGGCCACAGGAUACAUUCCAACAACAUGCUCCAAAAAAGGUACCUGUUCGCCCAUCGUGGCCUGUGUCUACUGGAAAGCUGGAAAGGGACAGCGAGAGAGCAAGAGAAGCAAGCGUUCCAUCUCAAGUCACGCGUGAUAACUGUUGCAGUAAUACCCCUAGAGAACUGCACAGUAAAGAUUAUUGGGAUUGGCAAAAAAAAAAUACCACCGGAAAGUUGAACGUGUGCAAUCCUCUCCAGACACCUUUGAAAGAAAUCUGCCUUCACAUCUAACCUCACCUCUUGCCCGGAAUGUAAGGAGCAAACCAAAAUACAUCACAGGUUUGGUGUAUGACUCACAUAUGCUGAAUAGCGUGCGUCACUGUGGAGAUAUCAGCUUUCACCGUGAACAUGGUGACAGAAUUAGACGUAUCUGGUCAAGAUUGCAGCAGUGUGGCCUCAGGGAUCAGUGUGAGUGGGUUAAAGGCAGGCUGGCCACUUUUGAGGAACUACAGUCAGUUCAUUCAGAGCAACAUAGUUUUCUUCAUUCUGGGCUCUUAAAAAAAGAAUCAAAUAGUUCCUGCAGUACAGCAGCACUGAACAUGGCAUUCGGCAGUGUGAUCGAGCUGGCUCUGCAUGUGGCUAGAGGAGAGCUAAGGAAUGGAUUUGCUUUGGUCACCCCUUCAGGACACCAUGCAUCACAUUCUAAAACAAAUGGCCCCUGUAUGUUUAAUUCUGUGGCCAUAGCGGCUAAACAGCUUCAGGAUCGAAUAAAGGUUAAAAAGAUCCUUAUAGUCGACUGGGGUCUUCGUCAUGAUAAUGGAACUGAGAAGAUAUUCUACUCCGAUCCUAAUGUCCUCUGUAUUUCCCUCCAUCACUAUGACAAAGGUUGUUCAUUCUAUGGUACUGGAGAACCAUCCAUGAUAGGAUCUGCUGAUGGGAAAGGCUAUAAUGUAAAUGUGGCGUGGUCAGGAGGGCUGAGUCUUCCAAUGGGAGAUGCAGAAUAUCUAGCUGCAUUCAGAACCGUAGUUAUGCCUAUUGCUCAUGAGUUUUCCCCAAAUGUGGUGCUGGUUUCAGCUGGUUUUGAAGCUGCAAAGGGUCUCUCAGGAUACAUGGUCUCAGCAAGAUGUUUCGGGUUCUUGACACGAAAAUUAAUGGAGUUGGCUGAAGGUCGAGUGGUGUUGGUGUUAGAGGGAGGUUAUGACCUCAUAUCCGUCUGCGAUGCAUCUCAAGCCUGUGUCAGUGCUCUCGUGGGAAAUGAGCCUGAGCCUUUAGCUGAGGAGGAAUUACAGAGGAUUCCCUGUGCCAACGCGAUCGAAUCUCUGGAGACAGUACUGAAGGCUCAGAGCAAGUACUGGCGUUCAGCGAGCUCCAUGUUGGAAACUGUGUCUCUGUCUUAUGUAAAAGGAGAGAGGACAUACUCGGCAGGCACUGAAGCUGCUUUAGUCUUGGGUGCCAGAAGCCGUUUCCCAAAUGAGCCAAUGGAGCAUGAUGAAGAUGAUUCAAUGUAGAAGUCUACUCCUUUUCUGGGGGACUUCAUUCCUCUCCAAGCAGAAGCUGGACAUCCUGUGCUUUAACUGACUGAAGCUACUGUAAUAUUACUGUGUGAGACAGGAGACAAUCCUUAGGAACUAAGAUCAACAAAAGAACUUAACUGUCAUAAUCACAUCUAGUGUGUGAUUUAUUCAAAUGCUGACUCUGUCCUUGGUGGAUUUGAAGGACUUUGACCAUUUAUUUCUAAGCUUUUAUUAAUUGCACUUUAUAUUCAUCCAUUUAAAAAAAAAUCCUGAGACAUUAUACAUUGUUUGUUUUAUUAUUAUUCAUAUUGAUUUCUCUUCAAUGAACAUGUAAGGCAGCUUAUCCUUGAAUGUAAACUACGUAUAUAGCAAACACAAAGAAAAGGGAACAAAGUGCUUUUUGCUAUAUCGUUUGCAAGACCAUUUGGGCUGAUACUAAUUUCUGAGGAUAUUAUUUUUCUUUUUUAUCACCAAAUUGCUUUACAAUUAAAUUGAAAGUUUUUUGUGUGGAAUGCCAUUACACAAUUUGCCUGGAUUUGUAUGUUUUGUAGGCUUUUCAGUUUUCUUCAACAUGUUUUGCUAUUCUCAGAAUUAAAUAAAGCUGUAUUUUU